AUGCAUGUUGAAACUACGACAUGGACAAGGGACUCUCAUGAGCUUUUCGACUACGAGAGCCGUAGCACUGCCAAGUCCAACUUUCAGGUUGUGGGCAAUGCACGGUUCAUCAGACGAAAUGGGGAAGUCUCUAUGGAGCCUGACAGUACCGAUGUAGUAGAGCCAGCUGAGCCUACUGACUACCUCUUGAAGUGCGUCAAUUUUGAUACCAAGUAG